AUGACUUGUAAUGAUUCCAAUGACAUUACCUUUAACCAUUUGACAGCACCAUCUCCCAACGAUUCUGACACAAUUAUACCUAACGAUUCCAAUAGCAUCACCUAUAAUGAAAGCGAAAAUAACAACCAGGAUGAUGAUAAUUCUGAGGUAUUAUUAAAGUAUGAUUUGGAUGAAGUGCAUGAAAUUAUCGCCAAGAA